CCGUCCAGUCUGAGAGAGCGCACGGUAUAGCGGGAUGCGGGUAGCGCCUCUCUUCAUCUCAGACCUUCUUCAGUGCUAAGUUCAAUUGUGUAACAGUUGGCACUUAGCAAGGGGAUUACCAUUACGCGGGCUUUAAGUGUUGUCUACAGAUCCACUGUGUAGAAAACAUACUUCCAAAGAAUACAUCCGGAUUUUUUACGUCUUAGAGAAACUUCCACAAUGAUGGACGAUACGGACAACUUUCCUUACGACAAUGUGGAGUUCCCGGUGAGGCGUCCCCAGCCCACAGUCACGGGAGUGGGACCGGCGCCCCGCCUUCACAUCCAGCCCUCUCCUCAAGAGAAACAUCAAACCUCCUCCCUAGCUCCUGUAAUCGAAAUGGAAGGCUCCGAACUGGAAACCGACGAAAAAGUUAGCUCUUUUACCAAGACGUCAUCAACGACUUCGACAAGCGCGGGCUCCCGACAGGAUCUUCAUUCAACCAAUCAUCGCUUCUCUCUUCAUCGACCCCGGUAUCCAAUCAGGUGUCAACGACACAGACAAAAACCGAGACAAAGUCAUCGGGGAAGUUUCCGCCAAACAAACCGAUGGUAGUGAGCAUUCAGCAGGGGAAGGUGGUCACCAAACAGCCAGGAUCAGUGAUGUUCCCCUUUGAGAGGAACGACUUCAAUCCUCGGUCACAGGAAGUGUUGAACAAAACUUACACAGAUCACAAAUCCUACUCCAAACUUUACAACCUAAUCCUUAAACAAGGCUUUGAGCUCCAAAAACCUUUAUACGAUUCUCAGAGCAAGCUGCGGGACAAGCUGACAUACGAGCAGCUGCUACAAGGUAUGUUGUUUGAUGGAGAGCGGCUGCUGUUAAGUGGUCAUUGGAUCUAUUACACUAAGGUAGAGUUCCUGGACGAGACGGGUACAUCUGAGGUUCGUCCCUCUCUGGGGAGCGGCAGAGCCUGUCUCACCAACAAGCGGCUUAUGUUCCUCGUGGCAGAGUCCAACUCAGGUGCGAUCAGACGCAAACUUGACACCGAUUGGUCAGGACUCCGGAAGGCUCCUAACGCCUACAAGUUGAAUCUGUCUCAGCGGGAUGAUGUUGUAUACCAGUCCAUCCCUCUGUCAGCCUUCCGCAGCGUGGAGCUGGCCAUAGCUGUCGGAGCCUCGGCCGGGACCAAGAUUGUCUCACAAAACUUAUGUCUUUGCAACUGUCUUGGGAAAAAGUGGAAAGCUGCACCUCCGGUUUCCCAGAAGUACAACAAGAGAACUAUCCAGAUGGGCAUCAGUCUUCCUCCGUGGGGUAAAACAAGCCUGGUAGUGAUGCACGUCCACCCAGAUCUUCCUCUUACUCUAUCAAGAGACUUCGUCUGCUACGUCCAGACUUACGCAACUCAGCUCCACUAGAUGGCGACAUUCGACAGCACGCGCUUGGAGGGUCAGGAAGGCCUUUUACCGUGCCAAUAUUUUCUUUCCAUCCAUCCAUCCACCGCCAUGAACUUGUUAAACAAAAUGGACUUUUAUGAAGGUGCAUAUUCG